AUGAACCCACCACUAGAUAGGUCGAUUUUUGGCUUGGAAUCCUAUAUUCAUUUCCAAUACCGUUUCGAUGAAUUCUCGGCUUUGGCAGUUUUAUGUGUACUUUAUACUAUUCCCACUUUUUUUGUACUUUUAAAAAUGAUACAUGUUUAUAUAAAAAGUAAAAAACACCAGACCAUGAGAAGUUUAAAUCCAGAAGUUUUUCGUCAAUUUUUGAUUAUGCAAGUGUUGUGCCUCUGCCACGUGGUAACAAAAUUCACUGCUUCUCGAUUUCCACAAACCGGGCUUAUCACUGCUUGGUGUGCUGCUGAGAAGCCGCAAUUAGUGCUGAAAAUUGUGAUUUACGCAAACUACAUGAUUAUUUAUUCAAAAUAUGUUGCGAUGAUUUUGUUUUGCGGGCUACGUGUUGCUUUGAUGCACUCGAUAAACUUUCAGCAGAAAACUAUUCGAUGGUUCCCAAUGCUCACGAUGGUUCUUAUUCCAUGUGCAUUUUGUCUAGCACUCCCAAGAUUACUUGCUCCGACUACGUGUGCUCAAUUGGGCCGGCCAUUUCCGUUUGGAUCGGUGAUUAUAAUGACGUUUAUAGAACGAGAGGCUAGAUACAGGCCGAUACCAACAAUCAUAGACGUCAUUGUUCAGCCAAUCACCUUAAUAUCAAUACUUUUGCUCAACGGACUUAUGCUCGUCAAAAUCCAUAGAAUAAAUUUUGUACGAAAACUAACCCAACAAAAAAGCAAAAGUGCAAGCGAAACUGUGCUGACAACUACCAUGAUCUUAAUCAUCCUCCCCGUUGUGCUCAACACCAUCGCCUGCUGCUACGAAUGUUUCGGCGAUUUUCAUUAUUUGAUCUACCUAAUUCGUCCGUUUUCUAUCGACGCUCAAUCUCACGUGAUAACUUGUUAUUUUUACUUUACUCAUCCAGUUUUUAGGCCAAGCAAUAGUAAAACGGUUUUUGUGAAGGCUAGUAGCAUGAUGUUGUAA